AUUUCAGCAUCUUUCAGUAAAAGUUUGGUACUUAACUUUUUCUGAUACCUUUCCUUUGCUCCAGGUUCUGAAAAAGGUCAAGUCCCUAUACAACCUUUCGGUAAAUCACUAAAUUAUUUGUUUCUCAGCCUUCAAAAUACAAGAGAAGGAUUCACACGAUUAUCGGAUCAUUAUAUUCUUGUAUUUUGGUUUCUUCUAGCAAAGGACAUUGUUGUUUCUCGGUAUCUUCCAAUUAAAGUUUGAUACUUAAACUUUUCAUGAUACCUUCCCUUUGUUCCAGGUCUUGGAAAAAAAGGAAAGUCUUUAAGGAGAAACAAAGCUAAAAAGGGUUCUUCUAAGCAUCUCUUACUUAUUUCGGAAACCACACAUCAUCUUUUAAUGUAAUGUUGAUCAAGAACCCAUUCAUACUUUCAACUUUCCACAUAUUCUCAGCCUUUUUCUGUUGGGAUUUGGCUUUGCUGAUUGAUUCAGUACUAUAUAUCUUUUUGUUAUCAUCUAAGUUCCUCUUGACAAUACUGAAAUUGUUAUCGGUCAUAACAAUCUCUGGGGAAAAAUGUCAGUUUAUGUUGAAACAACAUAUGGAAGAACGAGCAAAGAUGUUGAUGAAGCUCACAGAAUUUACCAACCGAAACAGAGUGAUAUCACCGGCAAAAUGAUCAUCUUCAUCCUUGCAGGGCUUUGCAUGCUGCUCUUCAUCUUCAUCGUCAUCGGUUUCUUUUUCAUAGCCAAGCCACUCAAAGCAAGCUUGACAUCUGUUGCUAUAAGAAACCUCAGGUACAAAAACGAUACAUCAUCAUCAUCAUCGCUUUACUUUAACGCAACACUGGCUAUGGAAAUCAGAAUUGAGAAUCCGAAUCUCGGGUUCUUUGAGUUUCCCACUAGUAAAGGAGAUAUCUUGUACAACGGUCAUGUUGUUGGUGAAAUGAGGAUUAAUGGACAACGAGUGGCUUCAUAUGGUGCCAUGAGAACAGAAGUUAGGACACAAGUGGGUUACAGAGGGAAUCAGACAUCACCUGUUUGGUUGAAGAAUGAUAUAGAGAGAAGGUUAAUAAUCCUCGAGGCCAGAGCUAAACUGAGAGGUGAAGUACACUUGAAGGCCUUGAACAAGAGAACAGUGAAUUUGAAGUGUUUAAUGCAUCUUAAUCUAAUAGAUGAAGUUAUUCAUCGUUUCUGGUGUAAAUGAAACACUCUUUAAGUUGUUCCAUACCUUUUUGGGUUGCAGUUAAAUUUUUUUAUUUUUUAGCUAUACAGUAUUAGUAUACAUUUAUAAGUGAAUAUUGAAAUACUUAGGUUUCUUUUAACAUAAAAAUUGAUAUCAAAAUAUCAUGCUUUAUGCUUAUACCA